UCGGUGUGUGCUUCGGUGCCACUUAACGAUAGCCAUGGCCACCGUCAGAGAGUAUACCGAUUCGUUUUCUUCAACUUAAUUUUUCACGUUUCACCCAAUUCUGCUCCUCGUGACUAUUCUCGGAACGGCGGGCAUUGACCAAAGUAUGCAGAUGUGUGGUUCUCCUCAAUUUUCUGGUGGCAUUCAUUGCUGCGUGGCAGCAGGCUGGCUGCGGAGUCUGAAGUAGCCGCCGCUCGCUCGCGCAGCUGAGGAAAACAGAAGCGGUCGGCCACAGAGCGCUCGAGACCCCAGCUCGCAGCCACCCCAGCAUCUCCUCAGCACUGGCUCCACGUCAAAUAACACCCUUUAGACCUCCGGAGAUCGCUCCGUGUCGAGUGUAUUCGGAGGCUGCGUCCGCAUCAGCACUCGUCCAUGGUGAAACAACGAUAACGCCGACCAGCGCGAUCCCCCAAAACUGGGGUUUUAACCACCGCUCGUGCGACGACAGCUGUCACCGGAGAAAGGAAAGUGAUCCAUCAAAUGCGUGCGCGGAUGAGGCAGGUUUCCGCUGGAUUUAGCCCAUCCGACCGUCCGUCAAAUGGGCGAAGUUAGGACCAACGCCACGACAUUGGAUUACCGUAUUAUGAGAUAUGCAUUUUUGAGAACUGCGGUGUUCCUUCACUGGAGAGAGGCUAGCUAGCUCAGUUAGCCGGCUAGCUGGCUAAGUGAUCCAAAGUGUGACGUUCUCUAACCCCUCCAGUAUUUUGGACAUGAAGAAAAUAAUUCGCUACUCAUAGGGUCGGAAGAAUGUCAUCAGAGGAUAAGACUGUGGACCCCUCUGACCAAGGACCCUCACCGACGUCGAGCAGUGGAGGGGCCACAUCCACAGGAAGUCCUGCCCACGCAGACAAGCGCCCCCGUGGCAGGCCGCGCAAGGAUGCUGCUGCUGGCACUCUCCUGCCUUCACCACCCUUAUCCACAUCCAAGACCAGGAAGAAGGGUCGCACCAAAGGGAGGUUUGCUGCGGAUGAGGAGGACAGUAUGGAUGGGACGGAGAUAGCAGAGUCCAUAGGUCCUCAGGACACGGAGAUGGAGGCCCAGCUGGCGGAGACUGUGGAGCUGGUGACCAGCGAGGGGCCAGAGGAGGACAGGCCCUCGUCCCCCAUGGUGGCGAGCCCUGUGGCCGGCCAAUCAGCAGGACCAUCUGUCGCAGCCAGUGGAGAACUCAAAAGCAGCGAACGUCUCUGUGCCUUCUGUUGCUGUGGCGGCCGCAGCCUUCUGGGUCAGGGGGAUCUGCGAGUGUUCAGCGUGGCGCCCGAGCUCUGCGUUCCCCACCACCGCCGCAGAGACGGAGAAGGAGGAGGUGAAGUAGGCGGAGCAGCAGCUGAGGGCGGAGGAGGAGGAGGAGGAGGAGAAAGCUCCGCGGGGGACGGCAGCGAACACGACAACAGUACUCCGGCUCCCCAGGCCACCUCAGGACAGAGGGACAAGCUGAAUGGAUCCGAGAGGCACGACGAAGGAACAGACCCGGCCAGCCGCUUUUGGGACGAGCUGUCUCACGUCGGCUUUCCCCAAGACCCGGACGUCCGAUCUCUUUUUGCGUCGGGGCAGUGCUGGGCCCACCAGAGCUGCGGGUUGUGGUCGGAGGGGGUUUGCCAGGGCGAGGGACAAUCUCUGCAGAACGUGGACAGAGCCGUUGACUCAGGGAGCACAAAGCACUGUGCAUACUGUAAGCGCCUUGGAGCCUCCAUAAAGUGCUGUGCGGAAGGAUGUGCUCAACUCUACCAUUACCCCUGUGCCGGGGCGGCUGGGACCCAUCAGGACAUCAGGAGCCUGUCCCUACUCUGUCCAGACCACGUCCAGCUUGCCAUCCACAGAUUUGCGGACGAGGUGAACUGUGUGUUGUGCGACAGCCCCGGGGACCUCCAGGACCAGCUCUUCUGCACCAGCUGCGGCCUGCACUACCACGGGAUGUGUCUGGAUAUGGCCGUGACCCCGUUGAGGAGGGCAGGCUGGCAGUGCCCCGAAUGCAAAGUCUGCCAGACGUGCAAGAAUCCUGGGGAGGACACCAAGAUGCUGGUGUGUGACAUGUGUGACAAAGGCUACCACACCUUCUGCCUACAACCUGCCAUGGAUUCUCUUCCCACCAACGGCUGGAGAUGCAAGGUACCAUACUGGAAUGUGUUUGACGUUUCUUUCUAGUUUAUUUCCUAGACUUACUGAUCCAUUUUCCGUUUUCUUUUUAUGAUUUGUUAUUUUAUGCAACCCAGUUAAAAGGCCAGAAAACAUAAAAAAAAAAAACUUGCUUCAUUAGGCUCACCUUUUCGUAGGCCUGUCACAGAGCCAUUGCCAAUGUGAAUAUGACCUUUUGCCAGUUGAUCACUUGAACGCUUCCUGUGGUUAAGAAGUGACUCACCCUGGAAUAUCUUUUAAAGGC